UUAAAUUUAUUUGGAUUAAAUUUUUUUUAAACAGUAACUAUAACAUGGAACGACCAACACUACAACAUGUUUACAGUGCAGUUGAUGCUCUAUAUCAUUCUGAAAAAUUAGAAGGUAAAGAACAAGCUUCACAUUGGCUUGAUGAGUUUCAGCAAUCCGUCUAUGCUUGGGAAUUAUCUGAUCAAAUUUUACGUCAACACCGAGACCAAGAAUCUAUAUAUUUUGCUGCCCAAACAAUGAAAACUAAGAUACAGUAUCAUUUUGCAGAGUUACCAAAGCAACAACACUUGGCUCUUCGUGAUUCCUUAAUUGAACAUCUUCAGCAGUAUUCAUUAGCAUCACAUGCAACAUUAACUCAGUUAUGUUUAGCAUUAGCACAUAUGGCUUUGCAAAGUCCUCAGUGGGAAAAUCCUGUUGCUGAACUUGUUCAAAAGUUUUCAACGAAGUUAGAGCAUUUCUCGAUUUUGCUCGAAAUUCUUAUGAUUAUGCCUGAAGAGAUUGAGAAUGAAAAUCUUCGUAUUGGAGCAAACAGAAGAAACGAAAUACUUGAUUCGCUGAGAGGUUCAGCUGAUCAGGUCUUUGAAUUACUGUCAAAGUGUCAAGAAUUAUGUCCAGCUGAUGAUAGAACACAGUGUAAGUUAUUUCAAUGUUUUGGAAGCUGGUUAACACUUGGUUCAUUCCCUCCUGAUAAAGUUGCUAAAAGCAGUUUAUUAAAGCUUGGUUUCAAUUUGCUGCUUAAUGAGUCAAUUAGUCAGAACCUUCAUGGAGCAAUUACAGAUUGUGUAUGUAAUGCUUUAUAUAUUAGUGGGGAUAUUCAAAACCAGUCUCCGCUUUCAGAAGCCUGCUUUAAUUUUGUGUCUACAAGUUUACCAUCUGCAUUCAAAUUGGCUGUCAAAAAUGAUGACUUAGAUCGAUCUAUAAACUAUGCAAGAAUAUUUGCUGAAAUGGGUGAAGCUUUUAUGGAACCCAUACUGACAAAUCCUGGAAAUGGGGCUGGCAGCUUGCAAACAUUGGACCUGGUUUUGUCACUUGCAGAGCAUCCAAAUUAUGAGGUUUCAGAAAUAUCUUUCAAUUUUUGGUAUCGCUUUUCAGAGUGUAUUUCUGAUAACACGCCACAAGAAAUGUAUGGAAUCUUUAAACCUUAUAUAACCAAAUUAAUAUUUUUGUUGUGCCAACGUGCUGAGUUUGAAGAAUCCCAUGAUGGAAUACCAGAAAAAGGUGACGAUUUCCAAGAAUAUCGCCUGCGAGUACUUGAUGUUGUUCAUGAUGUAGUUUUUAUUAUUGGGUCAUCUAUCUGUUUUGCACAAGUAUUUAAUACUCUUCAAAAUCAAAAUCUACCUUGGAAUAAACUAGAGUCAAAACUGUUUGUAAUGAAUCCCAUGACAAGAUUUGUUAAACCAGAUGAUCCGACUCCUGGACAGCUUAUAAAUAUGAUUUUAAAUCUUCCUGCAAACAUACACAUUGCUGUGAGACAUACUUGUAUAGUAUUAAUAGGUGAUCUAGCUCAUUGGAUUGCAUUGAAUGAUCAUGUUCUCAAUGCUUCAUUCCAAUAUUUGUUGACAAGUUUGCAACACAAAGAUCUUUCACAAAUGGCUGCUCAUGCUAUAUCGAAAAUAUGUCAAAGAUGUUCUCAUAAAAUGAAUGUGAUGUUUCCUGUUUUAUUAGAGGUUUCUGAAGCAGUGGAUUUAUUAUCGGUUGAUAACGAAGGAAUAAUAAAUAUCUUAGGAGGUUGUGCAAUGGUGUUAUCAGCUCUUGCAGUUGAUGAUAUUACCAAUGGUUUAAUGAAACUAUGUACUCCACAUGUUCAACCUUUAUAUGAGAUUGUAAAUAACAAAUCAAGUGCUGAUCCCAUAAAGUACUUAGAUAGACUUGCAAGCGUUUUUAGAAAUACUCAUGUGAGUGUUAUGGCUGGUCAACCUCAUCCUUGUAAAAAAGUUAUAGAACAGCUUUGGGAUUUAUUUAAAAUGAUUGUUGAAAAAUUUAAAGGAGAUGAAAAGGUUAUGGAAAGACAUUUUAGGUGUUUAAGAUUCGGCAUUCGCUGUAUUGGACCUGACUUCAUGCAUUUUUUGGACCCUUUUAUCUUUCUUAUAAAUAAUUUAUAUGCAGAGUAUCAGCAUUCUUGUCUUCUUUACAUUGGUAGCAUUUUAGUUGAUGAAUAUGGUGGUGAUUUGACUGUUCAAAAACAUCUUUUACAACUUUUUAAGAGCUUUGUUGGUCCAACGUUUACAAUUUUAUCUCAAGAAAAAGGUUUGGUUCUUCAUCCUGACACUGUUGAUGAUUUCUUUAGACUUUGCAUUAGGUUUUUACAAAAAUGUACAUUGGGUUUUUUAAAAAAUGAUUCAAUAGACUCAACUGUGCAGUUAGCCAUUGCAGGUACCAUGCUUGACCACCGAGAUGGAAAUCAAUCUGUAAUGAAAUUUUUUGUAGAGCUUCUCAAGUGCACUCAAGUUGAACAAAGUAAUCCACUUUUUGAUGAAGUCCAAGAAAGAGUCUCUGCUGUUGAAAGUCUUUUAGGAAAAUACGGCCAAGAAAUUGUUAAAGGUUUGAUAAAUGCUUGUGCUGGAGGUGUUCAGUCUUAUAUGUUACCCGAAGCUGCUGAUGUUUUAUGGGAAAUGCUACAGUUUUGCCAAAGGCCUACUACAUUGUGGUUUAAAAAUGCUUUAUCUGUUCUUCCUUCGCAUAAUGCAGCAGGUGCUGUAAAUGCUACACCAGAACAAAUUGAAGACUUUUACAGGGUUAUAUCAAGUGCUACAUCUGUGCGUGUACUGUGGAGAGAGUUUCGUGAGUUUUCAAAGUAUUUCAAGUAGAAGAACACUAUC